GGCUCCCUGCAGUGAGGGAGGAGCUGUUUCUCCACGGGAAGUGAAGCAGGCGUUCAGUGUUAAUGAAGCUCAUGUCAACUAUUGGCCCAGAGGCGACGGAGAGAGUGAAGUUAUCAUUUAUCCCCUUAUCUAAAGUCUAAAACGGUCACUUUGUAAAACUUUUUUUUAGUUUUACCAGCGGGACUCAGUGCGCAGCAGCAACGCCCCGGGGCUGAAAUUAAACUCUCACGAUGUCGGAUGCAGAGUAUGAUUACCUCAUAAAGUUCCUAGCCCUCGGUGACUCUGGAGUGGGGAAAACUAGCUUCCUCUACCAAUACACAGACUGCAAGUUCAACUCCAAGUUCAUCACCACAGUGGGAAUAGACUUCAGAGAAAAAAGAGUGGUUUACAAAUCAACAAAUCCAGAUGGAUCUCCAGGUCGAGGACAGAAGAUCCACAUGCAGCUGUGGGACACUGCGGGACAGGAGAGGUUUCGGAGUUUGACGACGGCGUUCUUUAGAGAUGCAAUGGGUUUCCUCCUCCUGUUUGACCUCACAAAUGAACAAAGUUUCCUCAACGUCAGAAACUGGAUGAGUCAGUUACAGAUUCACGCAUACUGCGAAAAUCCAGACAUUGUUUUGUGUGGCAACAAAUGUGACUUGUCGGAUCAGAGAGCAGUCCGUGAGGAAGAGGCCCGUGAGCUGGCGGAGAAGUACGGAAUCCCUUACUUUGAGACAAGUGCUUCAAAUGGGCUUAACGUGAACAUGGCCGUGGACGUCCUGCUGGAUCUCAUCAUGAAGAGAAUGGAACGAUGUGUUGACAAGUCCUGGAUCCCUGAUGGGACCGUCAGAGCUAACGGACCCAGCAACCCAGACCUCUCAGAGGCCUCUGAUAAGAGCAAAUGUGCAUGUUAGACUCAAUUAUGAACGUUACAUGUCUGUGUCCAUAAUACUGUUAAAAAAAUAGGACGAUAUCCAAGUUAAACAGUUGAAGUAUACAUAUGCAUAUUGUAAAAUAUUUAAGGUGAAACAAUAUUUAUCUUUAUUGCCCCACAGAGUAGUGCUUUGCUAUAUAUAAAGUACAGAAGUGUAUUAGGUCCAGGCAUGAGAGCAAAUACAUUAGAGGAAGAUAUUGAUUUGUUGUAUUUAGGAAAAAUGUUGUGAAUUCAAUUGAAAUGUCAGGAAAAAGUCAAAAAGUUAGUCUCAUAUGAAUCCUACAUUUUAACUUUAUUCUCAACAUUUUGCCUUUAUUCAUGAAAUGCUAAAUAGAUUAAAUAAAAUAUCUUAUUCCCAAGCCUGCCCAUAAUACACCUCCAUAGAAAAGUGCUUUUUGAAUGUGGGCGUUUAAUUUGAAUUCAUUUAACAUGGUAUUUUCAAAAAACAUAUAUUAAUAUUGGAGCGUGGGAUAUUUAUUUCUAAUGAUGUCCAGCUGGAAAUGUCAUCAUUUGGAUGCUGAUCGUGUUUUCAGGUAUAAGCUUUGUGCUUCAAGUUGCAUCAAAGUGAGCUGCCCUGCCAAAUGUGCUAUAAGAAUACUUCUAACACUCUUCACUUGCUGUAAGAUAAGCGUAGAUUCACACUGCGAUUAAGAAAGGAGUCACUUUGUACAGUCGGAUGAAUGUUGACUGAUACCUGCAGUCACGGUGUAUUGGGAUUUGCUAUGGAUAUACUUUUAGGAAGCUUAUUGAUGUUGUGCUUAGUGUCCUUCUGAAGAAUGCAAGAUUGCCCUGCAACAGCCAGUAAACACGUUGCUCACAUUGUCCGACUGAAAUUAACUAGAAGGGCAAUUAACACUUGUUUAUUUUUUCCUAAAUCAACGUUUCUGCUUGUUUUUCUGAAAACCUUGAUAAUAGAAUACAGUUUGUCUUCGUCAUCAACACUUCAUUAUAAUCAGCAACUGGUUCUGCCAAUGAUUGCACAAAUUAAGUCUCAGUAUAAAUAUAAAAUUGUGGAAAAAGUUAAACAAAUAAUCUAAUAGUUUAAUAUAUUUGAAAGUAAGACAUUUCAAUGACAUUUUUUGCUGUAGCUUUUGUGAACAUGCAAGUAACAUGCAAAACAUUAUUUUUCAAUAUUCACCUGUAAGGAUUUCUGUAGUUUUAGAGUAUUCUGGAUUUUGCUCAGCCGAGAUCCUAGAUACUGCUAUGCCAAGGCCCCGGAUGAUAACAUGUGGAUAACGAGAAUAUAUCACCUGAAAACGAAGACCACCUUUGCUAGUCUCAGGAUUCUCCUAGCAGAUGCUAUGUUUUUAAAGAGUGGGACAACUGUUUAGGCAGCCAUCUACUAAUUACACAUAUGCGGCAUGCAUCAGGAUUAUUAUGUAUUCAAGUUCUGAUUGCAAUGAAAAGAGCUGCUACACACCCAAGGAUGAAUGAUCUUACCCUCAGUAUAUUUUUGGAUGUAGGCCUACUGAGGGUUAAAUAAUUAGAGAAAUAAAAGAGAAAUCUUUAAAGAACCUGCUUAGCCUUGGUUUUGUAUUGGCAAGUUUGAUAAGAUUAGCAAUAAGAUGGGUUCCUCAUUUCAGUUUACUUAUAUGGUGUUGAUUUUUAAAUCCUUAUGCUUACCCCUUCAGAUCCUUUAAAGUUUCAUAGAUUUAUAAUACGACUGAUAUUUAAUUAAGAGUAUCUAAACUUAGUAAAACACUGAAAUGGUAUUGUGAAAUGUAUUCUUUUGUUUUACACACACAUGGACAUUAUUUUUAUUAAUUGUAAAGGGUAAAAGUGGUGUUUUAGUUAAGACACACAAACAGCUAUAGUUGAAUUUGAUUAUAAUAUGAGUACGACUAUGCUGAUUAAUUUCAUAUUUUAAAGUGUGCCAUACUUAUUCAUAUGCAAAAUGUAUAUCAUGUGUGAAAUAAACAGUUUUAUUUAUGUA